AUGGGCCACCAUUUGUUCAUCGAAGAUUUGCCGAUUCAGGACUUUGUAAUGGAGUGCUCGGCCAGACCGAUGAUCUGCAGUUCAACGCGAUUCGAAUUUGAUAUGUGGAAGACUGAAAAAACGGACGAUGUCGGCUCAUUCCUACGAGUGUCACAUCCGGAACAAGUACGCAAGAAGUACUUCUACGAUAUGAGUUUCAAAGAACAUCGACAUAAAUACCUCACGCAAGCGAGUUUCACGAAUAAUGUGAUGUACAGCACUGCAUUCACGAAGAAAGGAGUCAGUGUCUACCUCAUGGAAUUCGACCAUGGGCCAGUGCAGAUUCAUGCCUCUGACAUGCCGUACUUCAUUGGAUUGCAUAUGCGAAACUUUACAGCUGACGAUGAGCUUGUCGAUCGAUUUUAUGCGAAGAGUUUCUUAAAUUUCAUUCAUGGGCGGAAACCUGAUAAAGACUGGCUGCCGUUCGAUCCAUCAAAGCGAAAUUAUUACUCUGUUGAAGCGAAUUUCUCGAAAGGCAUUUUUCCGAGUAACAAAAUGGACUACCAUUCCGAAAUAGUUGAUUAUUGGCUUCACAAUAUGACCGCAUUCGAUAGAAGUCUUUCUAAAAAGGCUGCUAUUCAACUGCUUUCCGAACAAAUUGAUGUUACGCCAAGCCACUCCAUAUUCCGCACCGCACUGUCCGGUCUACUGUUCGGUCUCAGUCUAGCUCUUGUAUUCUUCAAUUCUGAUGGCAGUAUGGGCCGCACUGUCCCCGCAGGAUCCACCGAAUCACGAGCAAGUUCCUUUAGUGCACCGGAAAGAAACUCAGAUCAAUCGAAAGCAGACUGUUAUUGUGUCGUCAUUGAAGAGACGCUGACGAAGGAAAGGGAAGAACCGGUGAUUCCCGUACAUGUAGUACUGCCGCAUAGAAUUUAA